UCAAAGUGACUCACUGACGUUUCAGCCAUACAAGGUUGUUGGUAAGCUUUUAAAUUUGGAGAAAUGUCCUGUAAGUCAGGUCGGCACUAAGAGUUGUGCUUAGUUCAAGGAAGUAAAACAUACAAUGGCUCCUUUGAUGUUUAAGGAUGCUUUCUGGGGGUCUGACUUCACUUGCCACGCUGGGUAUGAAGCCGUGACCCAAAGGUUACGAGAUGGAAGGCAAAUGUGCAAAGAUGUGGAAGAGCUAUUGAAGAUGAGGGCACUGGCAGAGGAAAAGUAUGGAAAGGAACUGGUGACUAUUGCUCGCAAAGCUGGAGGACACAUAGAGAUAAGCACUUUGAGGGCAUCAUUCGAACAACUAAAAACUCAAAUUGAGAACAUCGGAAACUUUCACAUCCAACUAUCUGAUAUAUUGAAAGAGGAGGUGAAAAAGAUUGAGAGUUUCAGAGAACGUCAGAAAGAGCAGAGGAAGAAGUUUGAAAGCAUCAUGGAGAAGGUCCAAAAGAAAAAAGUUUCAUUCUUCAAGAAGACCAUGGAGUCUAAGAAGAACUAUGAGGUGAAGUGCAAGGAGGCCGAUGAGGCAGAGCAGGGGGCUGAGAAAACAAAUGCUACGUCCAAAAACCCUGAAAAGGUACGUCACAAGAUAAAGCAAUGCAGGCAGGCGGCCAAUGAUGCUGAGAAGGUGUAUUUUAACAACAUUGUUCAACUAGAAGCUGUUCGCCAGGACUGGGAGGGGACACACAAAAGUACAUGCGAGGUGUUCCAACAGUUGGAGGGAAAUCGCAUCAGCAUGCUCAGGUGUGCUCUCUGGGACCACUGCAAUCAUUUCUCCAUGCAAUGUGUCAAAGAUGAUGAGUCUUACGAGGAGGUGAGGAAAUUUCUGGAACAGUGUGACAUUACCAAAGACAACAACUCUUUCAUAGAAAUGAAAGGCACUGGAUUGAAGCCACCAGAGCCCAUAGUGUUUGAAAGCUAUUACAAGACGGGGACAGUCAGGGACAACAAUGGCCAAGCUCAUUCUGUAGGAGGAGAAGAAGAUCCCUCAAAGAGGUGUUCUGAUCCCCUGCUUGGAAGGUCUCUGAACAUUGGCAUGGACAGUCCACUCAGCCCACGAUCUACACUGUCAUCCAUUGGAGAAUUUCAGCUUUCAGAUGACGGAUAUGCACCCCUUCCAUGCAUUCACCAAGAAGUGCCACUGUCCACGGGUCCACCUGAUGAAAUCUUCUAUGUUGUGCUUUAUCAAUACACUGCAAAGGAAGAAGAUGAGCUAUCUGUGAGCCGAGGAGAUGUAGUUCGAGUGCUGGACCAAGAACAAAAUGGGUGGUGGACGGUGGAGAGGAAUGGGUUUAGUGGACUGGUGCCAGGAAAUUAUCUAGGCAAAAUUUAAACAUGUACGCAAAUACAGUAAUUUUCUUUAUAUCUCAGGAGAAAUUCAAUUUAUUUAUAGUAAUUUCAUGAAAAAGAACUGUAAAUCCAAUUCUUGCCUGCCCCUUUACCUUAAAACAGUAGUUCACAAAAUGUGGGCGGGCUAUUUCACUGAUAAUAUGCAACUUUAUUUAAGUAAAAUGCUAUGUGCAUCAUUUUUUAUCGUUAAUAUAAUUAAUCAAAUUAAAUACUGUGGGGGGUGGGGGGUUUAUAGCUUAUGAUAUAGAGCAUGCCAAAAAAAGAACUUUGAGAACCACUGCCUUACAAUGAGUUUUAUCAUAAAAUGCAAUAAUUUAUGUUAUUGGUAUCUGAUUUUUGCCCAAACACACUGUGAUUGUGUAAACACAAUUGUGCCCCCACAACAUGCGUGGUAUACACAGAACAACAGUUGCAAAUGCAAGAAAGUAGACACAAAGAAUGUCAACACAUCAAAACAGAUGUCUCAUAUGCUUAAAAACUUGCGCGCUUGCAAAGACACACACCAAAGCGAACACAUGCCACACACAAUACAGCCUACAAACACACACAUUUUUGCCAGGCUUUUUUUUCCCAAGUGAUCUUACAAUACUGGCUAACAUGAAAAACUAACCAAAAACCUGAACUAAAAAAGAUAAUUUAGCAAGCAGUAGACUACCUAAUCAAUUAAUGCAAGCUAAAGGACAUGCAUUCACCAGCUUAUAUCAGCCCGAUUGUUUAAACUGGUUUGGAUAAUCAGUAUAGCUAUACUGUUUAUCUCAUCUUUAGUUCCUAUACUUGUAAUAUAUGACUAAAGAAUGGUUAGCCAUCUACUUUAGAAAACCAAUGAAGAAU